UACAAGGCCCAGACAAAUAUCUUGAGGGAGGUAAAGGUCUGGGGGAACUCGGAGAGGUUGUCCCUUGUAAGAUUCUGCAGACGAGAUGCGUUUGAAAUAAUUUAUGAGCAGUAUUUCUUAAAGAUAAUUUUAGUCUCUAAAUCAAGAAACAAAAAUGGUUCAAUCACAGAAAAAAAGCGAAAAGAAGAAGAACGAUCAAAAGAUGACGAAAAAGAAAGGUAAAAUGGAUUUGGAAGAGCUGAAACAAGAAGUGUCUAUGGAUGAACACAAGAUAUCCUUACAAGAGCUGUGUUCAAGGUUAUCAACGAAUAUGGAAAGGGGUUUGAGCGUGGAACAAGCUCGGAAAAUUCUAGAGCGCGAUGGCCCCAACGCUUUGACGCCCCCUAAAAAAACGCCGGAAUGGGUGAAGUUCUGCAAACAGCUGUUCGGGGGUUUCGCCAUCCUUUUGUGGGUCGGCGCAUUUCUAUGUUUCAUUGCAUAUUCCAUUCAAAGUUCAUCACUCGAAGAAGCACCCGAUGAUAACCUAUAUCUCGGAGUCGUGCUUGCUGCUGUUGUCAUCGUAACAGGAAUUUUCUCAUAUUAUCAGGAAGCCAAAAGUUCAAAAAUCAUGGAAUCAUUCAAAAACAUGGUUCCUCAGUAUGCCACCGUCAUCCGUGGAGGACAGAAACUCACCUUGUCUGCAGAGGAGGUGGUGCAAGGGGACAUCGUGGAAGUGAAAGGGGGUGACCGCAUCCCAGCAGACAUCAGAAUCAUACAAGCGGCAGGGUUCAAGGUUGACAACUCUUCGCUGACCGGAGAAUCCGAACCUCAGACUCGAUCACCGGAUAUGACCAACGAGAACCCCUUGGAGACAAGGAACAUCGCCUUCUUCUCCACUAACUGUGUCGAAGGCAGUGGCAAGGGCGUCGUCAUCAACACGGGCGAUCGGACUGUAAUGGGUCGUAUUGCCAAUCUGGCUUCAGGGCUGGAGAUGGGCGAUACGCCCAUCGCCCGUGAAAUCGAACAUUUCAUUCAUAUCAUCACCGGCGUGGCCGUCUUCCUCGGGGUCGCCUUCUUUAUCAUCGCCUUCAUCCUGGGAUACUACUGGCUGGACGCCGUCAUCUUCCUCAUUGGUAUCAUCGUCGCCAACGUGCCCGAAGGACUUCUGGCAACGGUCACUGUAUGUCUGACUUUAACGGCCAAGCGAAUGGCAUCGAAGAAUUGUCUCGUAAAGAAUUUGGAGGCUGUGGAAACUCUAGGCUCCACCUCCACCAUCUGCUCUGAUAAGACGGGUACUUUGACGCAGAAUAGAAUGACAGUGGCCCAUAUGUGGUUUGAUAAUCAGAUCAUCGAAUCGGAUACGACGGAAGAUCAAUCAGGUGUGCAGUAUGACAAAACUUCUGCUGGAUGGCAAGCUCUAGCAAGAGUGGCCUGUCUCUGCAGUAGAGCGGAAUUCAAAGCAGGACAAGAAAACAUUCCUGUUCUCAAGAGGGACUGUAUAGGUGACGCUUCCGAAUCCGCCAUUUUGAAGUGCAUGGAACUGGCUAUAGGCAAUGUGGCUGCUUAUCGCAAACGAAACCCAAAAAUCUGCGAGAUACCUUUCAAUUCCAGCAAUAAGUAUCACGUGACUAUCCACGACUUGGAGGACGGUUCCGGGUAUCUGCUAUGCAUGAAGGGUGCUCCAGAAAGGAUCCUGGACCGCUGCUCGACUAUCUUCAUCAAUGGCAAGGAGAAGGUCCUGGACGAGGACAUGAAGGAAGCCUUCAAUGAUGCCUACCUUGAGCUGGGAGGAAUGGGCGAAAGAGUCAUCGGUUUCUGCGACUACAAGCUUCCACAGAGCAGAUACAAACCUGGUUAUCCAUUUGAUUCGGAGACCGAGAACUUCCCUCUGUCAGGACUGAGAUUCGUGGGGCUGGUAGCUAUGAUCGACCCUCCCAGGGCGGCGGUGCCCGAUGCUGUCUCCAAGUGCAGAAGUGCUGGAAUUAAGGUUAUUAUGGUGACUGGUGAUCAUCCCAUCACAGCCAAAGCUAUCGCCAAAGCAGUAGGAAUCAUUUCAGAAGGCAAUGAAACGGUUGAAGACAUAGCUGAUCGAAUGGGUAUUUCUGUUGAAGAUGUCAACGCGAGGGAAGCGAAAGCUGCUGUUGUACAUGGUUCCGAGCUACGUGACAUGACUGCAGCCGAUCUGGACAUGCUUUUGACUCAGCACACCGAAAUCGUGUUUGCCAGGACAUCCCCUCAGCAGAAGUUGAUCAUCGUGGAAGGAUGCCAGAGACAAGGACACAUAGUGGCGGUCACAGGCGACGGUGUCAAUGAUUCUCCAGCGUUGAAGAAAGCUGAUAUAGGUGUCGCCAUGGGCAUAGCCGGUAGUGAUGUGAGCAAACAAGCUGCUGAUAUGAUUCUCUUGGACGAUAACUUCGCUUCCAUCGUCACUGGAGUAGAAGAAGGUCGUCUGAUUUUCGACAACUUGAAGAAAUCGAUCGCUUAUACCCUGACGAGUAACAUCCCAGAAAUCUCUCCGUUCCUGCUGUUCAUCCUGGCCGAUGUUCCCCUCCCACUCGGCACCGUCACCAUCCUCUGCAUCGAUCUCGGCACUGACAUGGUACCUGCUAUAUCUUUGGCCUACGAAAAAGCAGAAAGUGAUAUUAUGAAACGGAAACCUCGAGAUCCGCAAAACGAUAAACUUGUGAAUGAACGGUUGAUAUCGAUGGCAUACGGGCAGAUCGGCAUGAUGCAAGCAGCUGCUGGCUUCUUCACUUACUUUGUUAUAAUGGCUGAAAAUGGAUUCUUGCCCAGCAGCCUCUUCGGAAUUCGUAAAGCUUGGGAUUCUAAAGCUAUUAACGAUUUACCGGACACCUAUGGCCAAGAAUGGACUUACCACGACAGGAAAGUUCUGGAAUACACUUGCCAUACUGCUUUCUUCGUCUCCAUUGUGAUUGUGCAGUGGGCCGAUCUCAUCAUUUGCAAAACGAGAAGGAAUUCUCUCAUUCAUCAAGGAAUGACGAAUCACGUCUUAAACUUCGGUUUGUUCUUCGAGACAGCCCUGGCCGCUUUCUUGUCUUAUUGCCCCGGUAUGGACCGUGGUCUUCGGAUGUAUCCUUUGAAAUUCCAGUGGUGGCUGGUCGCUCUUCCUUUCUCUUUGCUCAUCUUCAUCUACGACGAGAUCAGGCGAUACAUCCUCCGUCACAGACCACCGGAUUCCUGGAUCGAGAAGGAGACAUACUACUAAUCUCAUACUUUUGUGAUUGACUGAUUCGCGAUCACGAAUUGUACCAUUUUUUUCUUUCUCAUGAACUAAAUAGAGUACCACUACCAAGAACCUAAACGGUUCUGAUUCAUUAAAUGUGAGGAUCUGGACGUUGGAUUUGCGGUUCUCACUUCAUCACAAAGAAUAUCGAAUCAUUCACUCUAUAUUUGUGUUCCUCAAGGUGUAAAAAAUCUCUCAGACUUCUUGUCCGAUCUGUGUUCUCCAACUGCUUUAUUGUUAAAAUUUGAUACCCAACAUUUAGAAUUCAUUUAAAAAAAAUAUAGUAUAUUUUUAAAGCAAGUAUAUUUUUAUAGCGAGUAUAUUUUUAUAGCGAUAUUUUUAAAAGUUAGAUAUUUUUUACAUUUAGAUUUAACUAUUUCAAAAUGAAUUUUUUUUUAAAUUGAGAAUGAUUUAUUAUUUUCUUGUUAAAAUUAUUUGUAAAAAAUAGUCAUAUUUUAAUAAUUUUUUAAGAGAAAUAUCCAGUGUGUAGUUUUUAUUAUUUAUAUAUAUUUUACUUAUAUAUAUAAAUAAAUAUAUAAUUAUAUAAAAGUAGAAAUUCUUUAAUUAACUUUUGGAAAUUUAAAAGCAUAUUUCACUUCCGAA